AGAAUCAUAUGAUAUAAUUUACUCCUGAAUCCCUUUGUCAGUUAUUUUUUUUAUCAAUUGUGUUAAAUCCCAAUGGUGGUAUCUUGUCGCCCGACCAUCGCCGCCAAUUAAGCCAAGCCGUCCAUGUCGAAUUGACGUGAAAUCGUUCCAUCUUUCACUGUCUCUUCUACAACCUCUUCCUUAUAGUUUCCAUUGCAACAUGUUACCAUUGUUGUCGGCCGAAACGAAAACCACUAUGCUCCACGCUAAUUAAACGACACAUCAACUGAAAAAGGUCCUUAUUACUUUAUAUAUUCAUAUAUAUAUAUAUAUAUAUAUAUAUUAUAUAUAUAUAUAUAUAUAUAAAUAAACAUCCAUCUAUAUACACAUCGAUGGUAGAUGGUAUAAAUGAAUGUAUAUAAAUAUACUAUAUAUGUAUCAUAUAUAUAGUAAAAGAGUAACAGGAACGAUGGAGAAUAACACAUCUAUCCGGAUAUACUGUAAUCGUUAACACGGAAAAUUCAGUAAACAGUUACUGGGGUAGAAAAAUUCAUGCAAGUAACAAGGAUGUAGCAACCUGUUCAAAGGCAGAAACUCCGGGUUAAUGUGCAGUAGUUUGUAUAGUAUAAAUAAAUAAAUGGAGUUAAAUACAGGUCAUGUAAAAUAGUUACCAGCAGUGAAAAAUGUUAAGCUUGUGGAAUGUAAGGUUUGAAACCCCUACUAAGAACUGUUUAGUUUGAGCCUAUUCUAAUGGGGAAGUGCUUGUCUUGUUGUGAGCCAGUUAACUCCAGUUCUAAUUCUUCCUGUGAUGACAACCUUAGUGGACUUGCUGUUGGUGGGGGUGACAACAAUAAAAGCCAAGAAAAUAGUCAAUCGAAGGAAGCUAAACGUUCGCAAACCUCAAGCGCUAACUACAAAUCUCAGCUUAGCAGCUCAAGCAAAACACCAAAUCCUUCUUCAGCUGAAGCGUCGGGCAAGAAAAUGUUUCCUACCUACUCCAAAAUCCCACCCAUUAAAAAACAAGCCAAUGGAGACAGCAAACGUUUGUCAUUGCUCUGCCGAGAUUACUCUGAGCAGGAUAUUCAUAACUUGUUUGAAACUUACCGUGAUAUUAGCCAUGAUAUGAUUCUUGCCGAAGGAAUUGAAACAUUUUGUAAGGACCUGGAUGUAAAACCUGAAGAAUUUAUUGUGUUGAUCUUAGCCUGGAAAUUCCAGGCUGCAACAAUGUGCUGCUUUACAAGAGAGGAGUUUGUUCAAGGUUGUAAAUGUCUCAAAGUUGAUUCUGUCAAAGGGAUUCGCUCUAAAUUUAAUGACCUUCUCUUAGAAGUUCAAAACAAGCAGAAUUUUCGAGAUUUCUAUCGAUGGACGUACAAAUUUGGGCUAGAAUCUGGGCAAAGGACUUUGCCAAUAGAUAUGGCUAUAAUUCUUUGGAAACUUAUAUUCACUCGGACAGAACCUCCAAUCCUUAAACAUUGGCUAGAUUUCCUUGCCAAGCAUCCUGACAUCAGAGGCAUUCCAAAAGACACCUGGGACAUGUUUUUAAAUUUCACUGAACAAGUUGGGGAUGACCUAUCUGCAUAUGAUGACACAGAAGCUUGGCCAAGUCUGUUUGAUGACUUUGUUGAGUAUGAAAACGAUUUCAGAAAUCAGAAUGUGAAAACUGACUGAGUGUUCUUUCUAUCUAGUCAAUAGAUUGAUAAACUCUCCCCAAACACCCCACCCCACCCCAAUUACUAUGUUUCAUCACAUGUUGC